UGUUUGAAGAGCGUCAAAUCACGGUCGGCGAGAAUGGCCAAUUAUUUCAGACUGCAAACAGCUUAGUCUUCAGAGUGGAAUCAGGCGAAGGUAACCAGCUCUUUACAGAGAUCCCGCCCGAGCUCUCGCAACCGCAUGAGCCCGAUUAACAUAGGUGUAGGUAAUUGUCAAGAUUGGCUUCAGAUAGAGAAUGCUCCUCGAAACGGAGAAUUCCUUUGCGAGGCAAAUGUCAGUGAUUUGAAGGAACUGUUAGAUGAGUAUUCCUGCAAGGCUUGGGACAUUCAGGGUAAUCGCGCAAACCCGACACGACUUCUAGAUCUAGAAGCAUCAAAUACAACUGAUGGAAUAUGCCUCACGGAGGUUUCGUCCCAGGACAGAUUGAAGUAUGCCGCUCUGAGCUAUUGCUGGGGCCCCGAAAAAGAUGCAAAGACACAGACUAUACUUACCACAGAGAAUCUGGCGGACCGGCUUGCCGAUAUUACAUUUCAUUCGCUUUCGCCCGUGAUGCAGGAUGCUGUUGUAGCUACGCGGAAGUUGGGCAUUCGCUAUCUAUGGAUUGACGCGUUAUGCAUAAUUCAGAAUUCCCCAGAGGAUUGGGAAACACAAUCAAGCAAGAUGGGCGACAUCUACGCAAAUUGUUUUACCUCAAUCGAGGCGCUGGCUUCCUCUUCAUGUAGAGAGGGCUUUCUCUCGAGGCCAGAGCCAUUGACAAUUAAUUUCCAAUCGACCAUCAGACCUUCCAUCCGUGGAACCUUCGGAUUGAGGUUCCACUCGACUCAAUCCCUCCGUAGAGAUCCAUUUGCCAAGAGCGGUUAUGGCGCUGAAUUCGAGACCGCAUGGACGGACAGAGGCUGGUACGCAUAUGAAGAGCGCUCGAUCCAUCUUGCACUAACGUCUAUAAGGACCUUACAAGAGACUGUACUUCCACACACCCAGAUAAGCUUCGGCGCCUCAAGACUGUGUUUCUCACAUGAUGAUCAAGCCUUUCUCGAACCGUUUGAGGGCGAUCGUGUGAAGGUUAUGGCAGAUACGACUUUUAAUACUCCGGCGACGUCACAUGAUGACCGAUGGCGAGUGUACUCACAUUGGCAGAAAUUGUUAAUUGACUAUGGAUGUCGAGCAACAAGCCGUCUUUCCGACAGGCUUCCUGCGCUGUCCGGUCUGGCGCAGCGGAUAGCCAGCAUAACGGGCGACGAAUACAUUGCUGGCCACUGGAAGGAAUGCAUGACCAUGUCGCUCCCUUGGCUUGUGGUGUAUUCAGACUCUUCGAACCUGGCAGAGCGCCUGUCUCAGCUUUCAUGCCCUCAGCCCUACAUAGCACCUUCUUGGAGUUGGGCUAAUAUAAAACCGGUGUUAGGAAAGCAAUACAUAAGGAAUCAGAUCACCACCAGAUUGCCACGCCCAGAGUGGUGUUACCUCCACUCAGAAUGCCACGUCAGUUCCGUCUGGAGCGAACCGGUUUCUCAGCUCAAUCCUUUCGGUGCCAUCACGUAUGCCGAAUUACGACCCACAGGAAGGUUGGUCGAAGUACCCAGAGGGCUACACCGAGACAAACGUCCACACUGGUUCCCCCUGGACCAAGUUUGGCUGGCAGGUCUGGGUGAAGAUGACAUUGCGAUAUGUAUGCUGGACUGGUCGGAAGCACCACAGACCGACUUCCUCAAGGGUAACUUCUUACUCCUGUUGACAUCAAGUUGGUCAGAUGUUCCUGAGGAUUCACUGUUCAUGUGGCCUCUCCAUGAAGUUGGCAAUACAUUCAGAAUCAACCCGCCUUGUACGUACGAGAGGACUUUACUUCCUGAUCGACCAGCUUCAAGUAAAGACGAGGGGGUCCAUGGCGGCGAAAAGAGCCGUGAGAAUCCUUCCGAUGAGCGAAGCAACGACAACAACAUGAGCAAAACGCAUCCUCGUAGUGGCCACACCGAGGAGCAGUCUCUAGAAGGAGAGCCCACAAAGGAUAGCGCUCGACAGCCUUUCAACGAUACACCUUCCGUCUACAACCCUAGUAGUAACAACGACCCAGCUCUUCCUGAUGCCAUGUCCGCACUCCACCUCGACAACCAAGAAGAGCACGACAACCAGAACCGUCCGCCAGUAACACGCCCCAGAGGCCCCAACAGAAUGGCAAUGGGCAUCGUCCUCCACGCCGCGCCCGAUCGUCCAGGAAAAUACUACCGCGUGGGCUGCUUCGAGUCGCACCCCGCGCAGGGCGGCACUGACGCCUUUGAACGAUUCAAAGAGCGCGAGGUCCACUUGAUUUGAUUCAGUGUCCCAGGGUUCGUUCAUCUUUGGUCUCGGUGGAAUUGGAACUCGAGAAAGAGAGGAACGACCGUUGGGAAUGCCAACUAACUGCCCUUCGUGACUUGGAUCAUGGCAAGAUGGUCUUCAUUCCCAUCACAUAUCGACCAACAACAAUACCAGGAACCACAU